AGUCACUUUGAGGGACUUGGCUCUCCUCUUAGUGUGCUCCACUGCCCUGCCAAACUUCUAUCUGUCUCUGUUCUCCCUUUUCUCUGCAAAUCCCUCUUCCUCAGAAGAAAUCAGACCAGCCAUGUCAGUCAGAACUGUCAACGUGAAAACCACCAGGACCAGCUAUGGUGGAAGCGGUGGUGGUCUCAGCGGUGGCAGCCGUAUGUCUGUUGGUGGAGGAGGAUUUUCCUCAAGAUCCGCUGUUUCACUGAGGCCAUCAUACUCCAUGUCCACAUCUAGUAUGGCCGGUGGCUCAAUGCUAAGGUCAGGCAUGGGUGGUGGCUCUGGAUUUGGUGGUGGUGGUGGUUUCGGCAGUGGUGCCGGGUUUGGCGGUGGCGCCGGGUUUGGCGGUGGCGCUGGUUUUGGCAGUGGUGGUGGUUUUGGCAUGGGUGGUGGUGGUGGUUUUGGCAUGGGUGGUGGUGGUGGUUUCGGCAGUGGUGGUGGUUUUGGUGGUGGUUUUGGCAUGGGUGGUGGUGCAGGAGGUUUGGCAAUGGCUCCCAUCACAAACGUCCAAGUCAACCAGAGCCUGCUGGCUCCUCUGAACCUCGAGAUCGACCCCACCAUCCAGACUGUCCGUACCCAGGAGAAGGAGCAGAUCAAGUCCCUCAACAACCGCUUCGCCAGCUUCAUUGACAAGGUCCGCUUCCUGGAACAGCAGAACAAAAUGCUGGAGACCAAAUGGAGCCUGCUGCAGGACCAGACCACCACCCGCUCCAACAUCGACAGCAUGUUCGAGGGAUAUAUUGCUAACCUCCGCAGACAACUUGAUGGGCUCGGCAAUGAGAAGAUCAAGCUGGAGGGAGAGCUGAAGAACAUGCAGGGACUGGUGGAGGACUUUAAGAACAAAUAUGAAGAUGAGAUCAACAAGCGCGCAUCUGUAGAGAAUGAAUUUGUGCUCCUCAAGAAGGAUGUAGAUGGCGCCUACAUGAAUAAAAUUGAGCUGGAGGCCAAGGUUGAUGCCCUUCAGGACGAGAUCAACUUCCUCAGAGCCGUCUAUGAUGCGGAACUGCGCGAGCUUCAGGGACAGAUCAAAGACACUUCAGUCAUUGUGGAGAUGGACAACAGCCGUAACCUGGACAUGGAUGCCAUUGUGGCUGAAGUCAGGGCUCAGUAUGAGGAGAUCGCCAACAACAGCCGAGCAGAAGCUGAGAAGUGGUACCAACAAAAGUUCCAGGAAAUGCAGACCAGCGCAACACAGGCAGGAGAUGACCUUCGCAACACCAAGACUGAGAUUUCUGAGCUCAACCGCAUGAUUACCCGCAUCCAGAAUGAAAUUGAAGCAGUUAAAGGACAGCGCACCAACCUGGAGGCCCAGAUUGCUGAGGCUGAGGAGCGUGGUGAGCUGGCAGUGAAGGACGCCAAGGCCCGCAUCAGGGACCUGGAGGAGGCCCUGCAGAGAGCCAAGCAGGACAUGGCACGCCAGGUUCGUGAGUACCAGGAGCUCAUGAAUGUCAAGCUGGCGCUGGACAUUGAGAUCGCCACAUACAAGAAGCUUCUGGAAGGAGAGGAAUCCAGACUUCUCACUGGUGGUGACAGUGCAACCAUCCAUGUACAGUCCUCAGGAGGUGGCAUUGGUGGCGGCAUGGGAGGCGGCAUGGGCAUGGGAGGCGGCAUGGGCAUGGGAGGCGGCAUGGGCAUGGGAGGCGGCAUGGGUGGCGGCUUCGGCGGUGGCUUCGGCGGUGGCUAUGGCGGAGGCUUCGGCAGUGGUAUGGGUGGAGGCGGAAGCAUGGGAAUGAGCAUUGGUGGAGGAUACGGCGGCGGCGGCAUGACUUCCAUGAGCGUUGGUGGAGGCAGCAUCAGAAGCAGCAGCAGCACCCUCCAGUCUUCCCGUCGUUUUUAAAUAUACCAGGCCGUCUCAUUUCCACUCUUCCUCCAUCAUUAUGCUCCUCUUGUCCCAUUCAUAAAGGCUUUCCCAAACCCCCCUUCCCCAUCCUUGCCGACACAGAACAUUCUCAGGAACAUGUUGCACUUGACCAUUUCCAGCGGGCGUGUCAACCAAGAGAAAGAGACAGAAAUUAAUAUCUAAAUACAAGCUGAGACAGAAAGAUUGUUAGAGCACAAAAAACAGCCACAAAGUUGUGAGUCAGUCCUGUCUUCCUUUGAUCAGUCAGCCUGGUUGUCUUUUGGCCGCUGGAUGUGCUGUUGUGCAGACAAGACAGUACUUGUAGUGUAACGACAGAGAAUCCAUACAAAACAACAACCACUGCACACAAAAAUGACAACAGUAGUUUCUUACAGGGGGGAGUGGGUGUUUAGUCUUGCAGACAGUUAUAUUGCACAAGAUCCAUCACUCCUUUUUUAUGCAGAAUGUCUUCUGUUGUCUCACUUUUUUUUCUCAUUGUGCAGUUUAACAUCAACAAAAGCAGCCACAUAUAACACAUCUUUGAUUUAUACAAUUCUUUUUCCAUCUUCUGUUUUGAGAGAAAAUGAGCUCUGCAUUACCUUACAUAAAUGGUGGUUUUCAUUUCACUUUGCUUCCAUUUUCACCCUGAACAAGGUUAAAUACAUUGGUUUUAAGGCUGACUGGUUGUACCAGAUUUAUUGUGAAGUGUACCAUCAAAACAUCUGAAAUAAAUCUGUGCUGAUAUUCA